AGUGCUUUGACUAUGAAAUUAACGUGUAUUGUUGUGUAAUGCCAGACCAUGAAGGAUGUACAACACCACCACCAACAACAACAACAACGACUACUACAACAACAACAACUCCACCAACAACACCUACUUCAACAACACCACCAACAAGUACAAAACCUCCAACACCACCAACAACACCACCUACUUCAACAACACCAACAACAACUACUGCUACAACAACAACAACAAUAAUUACAUCUCCAACAACACCACCAACAACAUCACCAACAACACCUACUUCAACAACACCAACAACAACUACAACAACAGCUCCACCAACAACAACACUUACUUCAACACCACCAACAACAACAUCACCAACAACACCUACUUCAACAACACCUACUUCAACAACACCAACAACAACUACUACAACAACAACAACAACUACUACAACAACACCACCAUCAACACCAACAACGACUACUACAACAACAACAACUCCACCAACAACACCUACUUCAACAACACCACCAACAAGUACAAAACCUCCAACACCACCAACAACACCUACUUCAACCACACCAACAACAACUACUGCUACAACAACAACAACAAUAAUUACAUCUCCAACAACACCACCAACAACAACAUCACCAACAACACCUACUUCAACAACACCAACAACAACUACUACAACAACAACAACUCCACCAACAAUAACACCUACUUCAACACCAACAACAACAACAACAUCACCAACAACACCUACUUCAACAACACGUACUUCAACAACACCAACAACAACUACUACAACAACAACUCCACCAACAACUACUACAACAACAACACCAACAACUACAACACCAACAACACCAUGA